UAUGGCACCAGGAUUAUCUAAGAAAAAAAAAUACCAGCAGCCAUCGAUCCAGUUUCAUCGCAUUCCACUCAACAGCCAGCGAUCUAGGGAAUGGCCUUGCCAUCAUAGUUACGGUCAAGGUACCAGCAGCUUCUUCAGAGCCAUGAUGUCAUGAUUACACCACCUUCCUCUCAGUUACCACCAACUCAUAUUCCAUCAGCUUCUCUAGAUCCGGUACUAUCAGAAGUCACACCUUCAACUCCAUCUUUGGCUGAUGUUGCACCCCCUCUAUCUAGGUACCAGCAGCUUCUUCAGAGUCAUGGUAUCAUGGGUCCACCACCUUCCUCUCAAUUACCAUCAGCUCAUGUUCCAUUAGCUUCUCUAGAUCCAACACCACCAGAAGUUGCACCUCCUGCUCCACCACCUUCCUCUCAAUUGCCACAAGUCCAUACAUCACAUACCGAGCUAGAGCCUAUUGAUCAUACACAUCCUGUCAUGGAUGUGACUCCUGAUGUUAGCUCUAUAGGGUCCACGAGCAUGGAUGGAUGCAAAAAAAGAGGUUGUACUAGAGGGAUUGGGUUAAGUAAGACAAACAAGGCCCUUGGUAAGAAAAUAGAGAUCAAUAUCUCAACAAAAGAAGGGCGACCUACUAAUGCUAUUCAAUCUGUGAAGCUAUCAAAUAAGCUUGGUAUAAUAGCUCGAAAUAUCUUUUCUGUCAAGCCUAGAUGGUCCAAAUUAACAGAGCAAAAACUAGAUGUCAAGGGUUUAAAGACGGAUGAGGAAGUUUGUGCUAGCAUCAAGAAGCUUCUUUUAUUAAAGUCAAAGGAUCCAAGAUAUCGGCUUCAUAUGCAUUACCUUAACCAUAGAAAAGACUCAAAGCCAAGUACAAUGAGCACAGUAGAGUGGAUAGAUCUUUGUACUUACUGGAGCAAGGAAAAGACACAGCUAACAUGUGAGCAUAACAAAAAAUCUAGAAGUUUUGUCAAGUGCCAAGCAAACAUCGGGUCAAAAGCUUUUGUACCUAUACGGCAUAAGAUUAAUGAGAAUGAAUUGAAUGGAGAAGAGUACGAUCGAAUUAUGUUAUGGUAUCAUACUCAUUACACCCCAAGUCAUGGUGAUACUCCAAGUAGAUGGACAACUCCCGAGUGUGAGAAUGAAAUUAUGCAGGUGCUAGAGCAGUUCAUAUCCGAUGGACAUCCUAUGACACCAGACCAGAUAUGCGAUAAAGUUUUAGAGACUAGAUCAGAUUAUAUCUAUGGUUUGGGAGUUGAACCUCAUUCAGAAGGAUAGAGUUCUUUUUUUAUAUCU